UGUAUAUAUAUUUUCCUCUCGUCGAGUCUGUUCCAGAUCUCGUGUCCUUUUCACGGGAUCGUUAAAAUGUCUUUCCUCACAAACGUCGUGCUGCUCGUGUCUACCCUCGUCGUGCUAACAACCUUCUCUCUCGCGCCCGAUCGUGACGCGAUUCUGCGACGAAUUCGGCAACCACCUCCCACGCUAUCUCCUUUCUAUAUAUACACAACGCCCCAUCGUCGCAUAACCCCUCGUCUCCCUCCCCAGAUCCAAAUCGCGCAGGACCAGGCAUCCCAUCCAGGCGGUUAUUGGUCUUCUUGCGUGCGCAGGGCGUCUUCAAUCCAUGGCUGCCUCCCCUGCGUGCUCCCUCUAUUUUCCUCGGUCGGCGGCGCGGUGUGGCCAGGCCCGAAGUCCUCGGGCGCGGCCAGCCCGCGGCUGGCCCAGCGCGACGGCCAGCGCGCGGCAGCCUGCGCGGCUCGUCCAGCGCGACGCGGGCGACCCCAGCACCCCGGCGUGCAGGCCCCGCGCGCCCUCGCACUGCUCCCUCGCGCGGUCGAGCUGUCCCUACGCAGGCCCCUGUACGUGUGUUUGUACGCGGCUGCAUUCUCCAUGCGGCUGCUCACCACGCCGUGCUGGCCCCUGCGGUGUUUGCCUCUCCUGUUAGCACGGUGGUCCAAGGCUCCCGGCGAGAUCCCCUGGUGGCCGAUUUCUUGUUCCAUUAGUGCCCAGGUCGGCCUCCCUUCUCUCCAUGCUGCUGGCGAGGGAGUUUUUCAUUUGUGAUCCAUCGUGAGGAGAGAAAGGAAGAAGCUAGCCACAUGUGAUCCUAAGCUUGGGAUCUUCUAUAGCUGUGUUUCGUGUGACCAUAUGUGUGGCCAGCCUCUAGCCAAUAAUAAUUAGCCAUAUCGAUUAAAUUCCGUAAAGUACUAAAUAA